UGGGUCGUGUAAUACAUGUAUUAUUGCUAUAUACAUCUUCAGAUAUUGCGCGGAUUUAUAAUAUAUGUUUUUCUAUUUAAAUUUCAACAUUUGAGAGUACACAGACAGCCAGUCAGUGACCCGACAAGCUUAGUUAGUUGUUUCAAAUAAUGUAUUGUUUGAGCCCAGUGUUUCUAGUCGGACAGAAAAGGGACCGAAACUAAACAGCCACGUAGUAAAAGGCGAAGCUCGCAAGAAGGUGCUCCUGUAGACUGACAUGCUCUCAGCUAAUCUGCCUCCUAAGAAGAUGGCAUAGUGAGAUGCCCUUUCAAGAAGUGCACCAGCAGUGCUGCGACUGUUACUUCUCUUAAUGGAAGUGGAUACUGAGCAGUCAGUGGCAGCCCAGAUGGAGGCCAAUACUUAUCAAGAGGACCAUGUUAUAAAAUACAAAGAGGCUCAAGCCCAUGCUGUGGAGCAUGAAACAACAUUUAAAAAAGGGCUGGAAAACCCAAAGGAUGCAAAGGGGGAUAUUCAUAACGGUCCUGUCAAUUCAGAUGUUAUGCCAAAUGGAAAUGGACUGGCAGAGGGCUUUGAUGCUGCAGGGGACACCCUGCCUCUGACAGCUCCUCCCCAGAGCACCAGCUCCCCUGUCAACUCGCAGAACCGCCAGCCCUCCCCAGGUGUGGCUGCUUAUCCACCCAUGAUGCUAGAGAAGUCUGAGGGGGCUAGUGCUGAGGUCACGGUUCACAAGGGUGAUGCAUUGCAGUCACUCAGACUCAGUAUGCCUAUGCAGGAGACUGAACUGUCCAACCAGAAACCAUCACUGGAGAUGGAGAAUGAGGAGAAGAUUCGCCUAGAGGCUCGCCGGCGCCUGGAGGAGCAGCUAAAACAGUACAGAGUGCAGAGACAGAAGGAGAGGUCUCAUCGUACCACCACCAAGAGCAGACCAUUCAGUACCCUGGAUCCAGAGCUUAUGCUACAUCCUGAGGCAUUACCCCGGGCUAGUACUGUUGCCAUGACUAAGGAGUAUUCCUUCCUCAGGACCAGUGUCCCACGUGGUCCCAAACUUGGUAGCCUUGGAAUUCCCCUUCCCAAAGAAAAGAAGUCCAGGUCACCUCGCCCUAACAAGAUCCACUCCUUGGCUGAUUACAAGUCUCCUGAGAAUGAUGAUGGUGGUGGUGGUGGUGGUGGAGGAGGAGGCAUAAAGGCAGCAGACAUAAGCUCUGUCAACUCCACUAUUAGCUCUGUGUCCACACUGUCUGAGAUCAGUGUGACGUCAGAGUGCGGUACUUCUGAGACAGAGGCACAGUCUGGUGCUCCCCUCCACGUCCGGGACAAUGUGUCAGAAAUUGAUGGCAGUGAAUCAGGGGUAAGGCCCGGGAAUGACGGCAACGACAGCGACAGCUCUUCCUACAGCAGUGUGUCUACCAGGGGAACCUACGGUAUGCUCUCUGCAGCAGUGGAGAGGCAGCAGGGGCCAUACACAGUAGAUGGACGCGAGAUCGCCCCCGAGGCCAUGGGUCAGUUCCCUUCCCUUCAGGAGGUUCUGCAAGCAGCCACUGAAGAGCAACACUUCCUGGAGCUGGAGCAGGAAAGAGAAGGGACAGCAGAGCCUCGUAGCCGCAGGGACAGCUUCUCCAGCAGUGUUUCUUUGGAGAGUUCUGUGAUGGGUCAUGAUGAAGUGCUCCAAGUGUUGAAGGAGAAAAUGAGGCUUGAGGGUCAGCUGGAAUCCUUGUCAUCUGAGGCCAAUCAGGCUCUCAAGGAGAAAACAGAGCUUCAGGCCCAGCUUGCAACAGUGAAUGCACAGCUGCAGGCUAAAAUGGAGGAGGCUCAAGUCAGCAAGGAGAAGCAGAGUGCCCUCACUACAGAGGUUGGCACACUACGGCAAAGCUGUAGCCAGCUAGAGAAGGCUAUGGUAGAGCUCCAGAGCAGUCUAGAGAACAAGAAUGCCAGUCUGGCUUCUCUGAGCAAUGAUCUAAAGGUUGCUGAAGACCAGUACAACAGGCUGAUGGGGAAGGUGGAGAAGAUGCAAAACGCUGUAACCUCAAGGGACAACACAGUUCAGGAGUUGCGUCAGCAGAUGGGUGGUCUUCAGAGUCAGCUUCAACAGGUGCAGCUGGAGCGCAGUACCCUACAGAGCCGACUGAAGACCUCCCAGGCCGAGAUCGAUUCACUUCAACAGGUCAGACAGUGGUACCAGCAGCAGCUAGCUCUGGCCCAGGAGGCAAGAGUGCGUCUGCAAAGCGAAAUGGCCAACAUGCAGGCUGGACAGAUGACUCAGAUUGGUGUUCUGGAGCAUCUGAAGCUGGAAAAUGUGACACUGUCACAUCAACUCACUGAGACCCAGCAUCGCUCCAUCAAAGAAAAAGAACGCAUCGCUGUACAGCUACAGAGCAUUGAGGCCGACAUGCUGACCCAAGAAGCUGCUUACAAGCAGAUCCAGGAUGCAAAGAGCAUGGUGGAAGAUGACCUGCAGCACAAGCUGGACGAGUAUGAAGAAGAGCGAGAACGGUUAAUAAAGCUUGCCAACACAGCCAGCACCCUGGAAAGAGAACUAGAGCAGGUAAAGCUGACCCUUUCCCAGAAGGAUGCACAGCUGCAGACACUGCAGAAGGAACAUCUGGAGCUGAUGCGUCACCUGACAACCACUCAGGAGAACUUGCACACCAAAGAGCAGUCCAUCAACCAGCUCGAGGCCCGAUACCAGGAGCUGGAGGCCCAGCUGGCUGAGCUGCAGACAGAAAGCACUGCCAAGGAUGACAACAUCCAGUACCUCCAGAACGAGAAGAUUGUCCUUGAGGUCGCACUGCAGGCAGCCCGAGCAGACAAGAGCCAACUUGAUGAGAGUGCGGAGAGGCUUGGCGAGGAUGUUCUGGUGGCCUCAGAUGUCUUGGAUCAACUACGACAGGAAGUCCAAGUGAAAGCCAAUCAGAUUGAAACUUUACAACAAGAAAAUAAUUCCCUGAAGAAGCAAGCUCAGAAAUUUAAGGAGCAGUUCCUGCAACAAAAGGCUGUCAUGAAAAGGGUGGAAGCCAUCACUGAACAGAAGGUGCGUGUGAAGAAGCUGGGAACAGAUUUGACCAGCGCUCAGAAGGAGAUGAAGGCCAAACACAAGGCCUACGAGAACGCCGUGGGCAUCCUGAGCAGGAGGCUCCAAGAGGCGCUGACUGACAAGGAGACGGCUGAGGCGGAGCUGGCUAAAUUGAAGGCCCAGGUAUCAGAUGAAGGGAACAGCCAGGCCUUGCAGAAGAAGAUUGAGACUCUACAGGCUGAACUGCAGGCUGUUACCAACAGCAAAGCUAUGCUAGAGAAGGAACUUCAAGAAGUGAUCACCCUAACAUCCACAGAGCUAGAAGAAUACCAGGAGAAGGUUCUGGAGCUUGAAGAUGAGCUUCAAGAAUCGCGCUGCUUCAAGAAGCGGAUCCGAAAGUUAGAAGAUGCCAACAAGAAAUUGGCACUUGAGCUGGAACACGAAAAAGGAAAACUGGCCGGAUUAGCUCAGUCCCACAAUGCACUGCGGGAGGUUCAAGCUGUUCUGAAGCGUAAAGAGGAGGAGGACCAGCAGAUGAAGCAGAUGGUACAAAGUCUACAGCUGGCCUUGGAAAAAGAGAAGACCAAAGUCAUGGACCUGAAAGAACAGGUGGCAGCAGCAAAGGCGGAGGCAGCCCACAAUAGACGGCACUACAGGGCAGCCAUGCUGGAGCUGUCAGAGAUCAAGAAGGACUUGCAGGCCAAAGAGGACCUGGUUAAAGCUCUGCAGAAAGAAGCCCACAAACUACAGGCUCAGGAUGAGCAGCACGCUCAGGAGGUUGCCAGGUUCCAAGAGGAGCUGGCUGAGGCUCACUCCCAGCUCCAGAUCCUCCGGAAACAACUGGACGAUGAACUGGCAAAGCAGCCGCUCACUAACCAAGAGGUUGAAGAUUUGAAGUGGGAGGUGGAGCAGAGGCAGAGGGAGAUUGAAGCUCAGAAACAGCAGGUGGAGAUGAUGGAGCAGUGCCACCACAGGGAGCUCGACAACCUACAGACAGCUCUGCAGAAUAUUAAAGUGGAGCUGGAGUCGGUACAGGAGGAGCUGAGCAGCACUAGGAAGGACAAGUUUAUGCUGCAGGCCAAAGUGGGUGAGCUGAGAAACAGCAUGAAGACGGUCCUGCUUCAAAACCAGCAACUCAAACAGGACUUCAAACAGAGUCGUCUAAGGAAGCAGCGCAUGGAACUGAAAAGUGACGGGAACCCAUCCACCCCAGCAACGCCAGUUAAGAUCCCAGACUGCCCAGUGCCUGCUUCCCUACUGGAUGAGUUGCUGAAGCCUUCGACUUCUGUCAACAAGGAGCCGCUCAACAAUCUCCACAACUGUCUACGACAGCUCAAGGAGGAGAUGGACAGCCUCCAAAGGCAGAUGGAGGAACACACAGUAACAGUACAUGAGUCAAUGAGCUCAUGGACAAACACAGAGGAAGAACUGGAUCAACUGAGGCUUCAAAACAACAUCUCCAACUCAGCAGAGCUAAACAACAUGGAGGUGGAAAAUAACAACCAAGGGGAACAGCAGCAAUCAUAACUAAAGAACUUUUUUCUCAGGCCAAUAGAGGGAGAGUGGAGUUUUAUCCACCAAGGCACUUUUUAGCCCCUUACACCUUUUCUCUUUUAACAAUUGCUGCCAACAUUUGGCAUUUCUCCCAUCGGCACAGAGGUGCGUUCGCAGAGUAAUACUUUACAUACCAUAGCUUUAUUCUUUCUUCUUUAUUUGAUGGUUGUGUUUUAUUUGUGUUACACCUUUGUCACAUUUAUUUAUUUAGAGUUGAGAGAUUACAACUUUUUGUUCCAUGCUUCUUUUCCCCGUCUAUACAAAUCUUUCAGGCCAUCAAUUUUUUCCCUUCUCCUUGUUAAUUUAGCGUUUUUCCUCACAAAAAUUGGCUACUAUCCACGUAAUGUUAGAUCAGUGUCAUUCAUGCUGCUUAAUGAUGACUGGCUUCAUUUAAAGAAGUGUUUUCAGCGACAGAAACAAACCACGAGGCCGCCUAAAGGCUGGCUACCACAUGUUCUUCCAUUUAUGUGUGCCUGUCUAUGAGUGAAGUCAUUCGUCUAUGAAAAAACUGACAUGGUUAAACAGGCAGCCUGUGUUAAAACUUUAUCACUCCUGUUCAUCACGCACAGUUGUAGUCAGUUAUUUUGUAUUGCCUCAUGUUAUGAUGCAGUGUUUAAUAUGUUUGCUGUGUCACCCUGGGUUCUUAAAGUCUAAAAAAACAACAAAAAAACAACAACGUUAAUAUCAGUUUGUCUAGCAUGGACGGCAGUAAUUUGUACGCAAAAAAAAAAGCCUUAAGCAAUCUUUAAUAUGGUAUAAAGGACUAAUUUGUUUGGGUGAAUAUAUUUCUGCUGAGGUUGUGUGCAAGAUGUCACUUGUUAUAUUGUAUAUAUGUGUGACUGCUUACUUAAAACCAGUUUAUUGUAAAAUAUGUGGAUUACAUCACCUGACAUCGCACACUUGAUCAAAACUGGACUGACAGGGGUAAAGUUGUAAGAUGAAACGACAACAACAAAAAAACUUCUAAUAACAGUAAGUGCAAUCAGAUGUGUUCAGUUUCUGUUACAGUUCAUACAUUAAGUUUGUAUUUACAAAAAAAUGAAUACUCCUGAAUCACUGUUUUUCUGUUUCAUGGGUAAUGGGAUAAGUUAAUUGUUGUUUCCAGAGGUUAAUAUAUUAUGUACAUGUCCUUUUUUGUACGAUUGUUUAUUCAUCUUAAUUGAUAGUGUAAAGAAAAAUGGAAUCUAAUGCAAACCAUAAAUUGGAUAACAAUAAUAAUUCUGCUGCAGCUGCACUAACAUUUCAGUAUAGAGUGGUUGUUGGAUGAUACAGUAGCUUUCUGCAUGCAGUUGUGCUGCAGCUGCUGUGCUGAUGCUCAUUCCCACACUAAACGCUUAGGCAAAUACCAUGUUAUGCUGAUGAAUUUCCAAAGGGAUGAUGCUUGGAGAAUGCUUAUUGAGAUGAAGCAAAUAACACAAAACAUUAAACAUGUUGAUAUACUGUGUUCCCA